AUGAAAGUGGAAAGCAAUGAUGGAAAGAAGGAUCAACCACGUAGCAGUGAAAGUGGAGAAGAAAAGGGAAAGGAGUUGACAGCGGAAGAGGGGGAGGGGAAGUUAGAGGUAUGCUUAGCUGAAGGGGAGUGGGAGGAGUCAAAGGUGACAGUUGAGGAGGAGUAUAAAGACAAGGAGGGGGUGGUGUGGUUCAGUUCGGUAGUAGAGGCGUAUGAGAGGAAGAAGCAGGAGGAAAGACGAAGGGCUUUUGAAAGAGUUCGCACCCAAGGGCUUAUCAGAGAUUUCCCAAAUUUGAAAGUGGGCGGCCUUUUGCCCGAUCCUCCAGCAAUUAAAGAGACUUCUCCAUAUGUGAAAGAGUGGAACGUGAUCGUGGCGUCAAGAGAGGAGGAAUUGCGAAGAGAGCAGAACGUUACCAGCGUGAGAGUGUUCAUUCUGCUAGGCUUUACAAAGGAGCCUAAACUGGGCUCCCUCUUCUCAGCCAUCUUCUUUCUCCUGUAUGUGUUCACAGUCUUAGGCAAUGGUUGGAUGGUCACUUUGAUCAGAGCUGAACAGCGUCUGCACACCCCUAUGUAUUUUUUCCUCAGUAACCUGUCCCUCUUGGAUCUUUGUUACACUUCAGUGAUUGCACCCAAGGCGCUGGAGGUUCAGCUAAAAUCAGGCAGGGCUCCCAUUUCCCUGCCAGCAUGCGCCACUCAAAUGUUCUGUUUCACCACACUGGUAACUGCUGAGUGCUUCCUCCUGGCGGCCAUGGCAUACGAUCGCUUCCUGGCUAUUUGCCACCCACUGACCUAUGUUUUGUCUAUGACCCGAGGCCGUUGCACCUGCCUUGUGCUGGGGGCUUACUGCUGUGGCCUGGUGGGCUCUAUCAUCCAGACGACUGGUGCUUUCCGACUAUCCUAUUGUGGGCCCAAUCGGAUCAACCACUUCUUUUGUGACAUCCCUGCAGUCUUGACACUCUCAUGCUCAGACACCUGGCUUUCUGAAACCAUCCUGUUUGUUUCCACCAGUGUCAUUGCUGUGGUGACCACAGUAAUCAUCUUCCUCUCCUAUACACGGGUUCUAUGGAAUGUCCUCAGGGGCCAUGCCAGCCAAGGGCGGCGGAAGGCUCUUUCCACUUGCACCUCCCACCUAACUACACUUAGCCUCUUUUAUGGCACUGCCAUCUUCAUGUAUGCCCAGCCGAGGACCAAGGAUGGGUCCCAGGAUCAAGACAAGCUCAUCUCUAUGUUUUACACUCUUGUGAUUCCUAUGCUUAACCCAUUGAUCUAUAGCUUGAGAAACAAAGAUGUGAAGGAAGCCAUGAAACAUCUGAUGAGCAGGAAAAUAGGCCUGUUUGAGAGAUGA